AUGUAUCCAAUUGGAAUUCACUACAACUCCCCCGGGGCUGAAUCCGAUAUGUUGCUCGUGCGGGAGGCUGUCAUGAUGGUUGUGAUGAAUCAAUUGACAGAUAAGCCUAACUGGCACAUAAAGGUUUUCGACGAGACCAUCGCCGAAAAAUGGAUUCAAGAAGCCCUUGCACUUCCAGUUGAUCCUUUGUACGAUGAGAUCGUACAGAACAAAAACCCAGGAACCAGACAUUCGCACAAGUAUGGCCCCAAUAGACUCAAGUACAUCCUAGAUCGGGGCUGUCUUGAAUAUUGUAUCAAAGAGCUCCGUGUCAAGGCUAAAUUCUUUGAGAAAACUGGUCUCAUACCAGCUUUGGAUGCAAACGCAACCGUCAUCAAAUCGGACACGUUUAUCGAUGAGAGCCUCCAUGAGCGUCUUCGGAGCGCUUUUGCGAAGCUGAAGGAAGAACAGAAAGACGACCCAGACUGGCAUCCUCGCAGCUACGAUAUGGUACAAAACCUUGUGCACCCGUCCCUAUACCCCCUUGUCUAUGGUCGUUCUCGAGUAUAUCGCGACGAGGUUGUCGGUGUCGGAGAUGCCGUUGAAAAAUGGAGUGGCAAAGGAGAAGUCAUACCGAAGAAACCUGCCGAAGUCCCAGAAGAAUACAAUAGACGCUACGAAUUUGGUGGCAGGAAAACCCAUGAAUUGUUUUGGUCCGAUUCCUACCAGUGGCUUCCGUCCAACGUCAAGCUCCUGGAUGACGGGAGUGUCAAAUUGACGAGCUAUAUCAACAAUCUACAUCCCAAGCAUACUGAUAUAUACGAGACGGUUGAGAAACUCAUCGAAAGAGCUCUCCCCGCCUGGGAUCAUAGUGUGUCGUUUGUGAGAGACUGGAACGUCGUCUCCGCUGGACGGACCAAGGCUCGCUUCCCGCGACCUGAGAACCCCGAUGACGAUAACGAAGCGAACUGGACCCCCCGAAUCGAUGACUGGACGCCUGAUGAUGCAGGGGAAGUUGAGUAUGAAGACGUCAUCAGAAAUGCAGAUGGCGACCUCCUUUAUGAUACCCGCAAGAAGAAUGCUUGGGAAGAGAUCAGAGAACCCGUUCAACCUGAUGCCCCCGAGUUCAAAGCAUGGGACUAUGGUGUCAAACCCGGAAUGUCACUUCGCGAACGGUUCAAGGAUAUCCAAGUCAUUGUCAAGAUGGCCUCCAUCGAGCUCACCCCAGACAUGCCUGUAUUUCCUCCUGGAGGGUGGCAUGUUGAAGGCCAAAUGAACGAACAUAUUGUCGGCACAGCUCUUUACUACCUCGACUCUGAGAAUGUGAAGCCAAGCUAUCUGCAAUUCCGUAUGCAGACCGAUUAUUAUCAAGAGGACUGGAACGUAGGACAAGAGGCCUACGGCUGGAUGGAGCAGGUCUAUGGAACGAGGUUGAACGGAGGUGAUUGUCUGCAGCGAUAUGGAAAGAUUGAGACGAAGCAGGGUAGGCUGUUGGCGUUCCCCAAUGUUUUCCACCACAGAGUUUCACAUGUGGAGUUGAAUGAUAUGAGUAAACCUGGCCAUCGACGGUUUAUAGCGCUUUGGCUCGUUGACCCGAGGACAAGGAUCAUCAAUACGGGAAACGUACCGCCUCAGCAGAAGAGCUGGUGGCUGGAGGCUACAUUUGGGGACUUGAGUGAUGAUGACGCCACUAAAAUUCCAAACGCCGUUGCGAAGCUGGCAGCUCAAGGGGAGCCUGAGCAUCCUGGGUUGAAGACUGCGGCAGAGAGUGGUAAGCCUCUUCCGGCGGAACUGGUGAGUAUGGUGGAGGCUGAAGCAGAUGAUUCAGCAACGCCAAUGUCGUUGGAAGAGGCGAAGGAGCAUCGCCUGAAGUUGAUGGACGAGAGGACUCGCUAUCAACGAGAUGCUGAGGAGAAGUGGUCUGCUAUCCAGUAUAGUUUUUGCGAGCAUUAG